AGGGAAUAAAAACCCAAGAAUUUCUGAGAGAAAAAAAAAAAAAACAACAAAAUAAGAAGCCCCUGAACGUUCCAAUUAGGUUGGACAGUUCAAACAAUUUCCAGCUCGAAAGACUUGUCCUGUUACUUAGCUGUACAUACAAGGCAUUGGUCGUUGUUGCGGAGGUUAGAGAGGAGGAGAGAGAUGGCUCUCUCCCUUUUAUAAGCAAAAUUUUAUUUCUGCUUUGGGUCUUCAAUUUUGUUUCUUCUUCUGCUAUAUACUUCUGUUUGGUUCCUCAAUUCCAAAUUUCAGACAUGGAUGCUAAUUCAACUGGAAAUGAGUCCUUGGUUGCUCGCAUCCAACAACUAGAGCAUGAGCGUGAUGAGUUACAUAAAGAUAUAGAGCAGUUGUGCAUGCAGCAAGCUGGACCUAGCUACCUUGUUGUGGCUACAAAAAUGCAUUUUCAAAGGACAGCUGGCUUGGAGCAGGAGAUUGAGAACUUGAAAAAGAGGUUGGCUGCCUGCACAAGAGAUAAUACAAAUCUUCAAGAGGAGCUUUCAGAGGCUUACCGAAUCAAAAGUCAACUGGCAGAUCUACAUAAUGCAGAGGUUGCAAAGAAUAUGGAGGCAGAGAAGCAGGUUAAAUUUUUUCAAGGUUGUGUAGCUUCUGCUUUUGCUGAACGUGAUCAUGCAAUAAUGGAGGCUGAGAAGGCUAAGGAGAAAGAGGAGCUUAUGUCUCAAAAAUUUAAUGAAAUGGAGAAGAGGUUAGAAGAGCUUGCCUCAGAGUGUCUUGAACAGAAGAGACUGAAUGAUGCACUGCUGAUAGAUCUAGCAAAGCUAGAAGAGCAGAACGAAACUUUCAAGAAGGUUGUCAACAAGUUUUAUGACAUUGGGCAGCAUUCUCUUGAAGGAUUUGGAGAUGCGAGUUGGGAUGAUAAAUGUGCAUGGCUGUUACAUGGCUCGGCUGAAAUGUGGAGUUAUAAUGAUACCUCCACUUCUAAAUACAUUAAUAACUCUCUCAUCAGACAGAGUGCAUUAGAAGAAGAGCUAGAGAAAGCAAGGAAAUCUGUGGAUAAUCUUCAAAGUAAACUACGAGUGGGUUUGGAAAUAGAAAAUCACUUGAAAAAGAAAGUUCGUGUAUUGGAAAAGAAGCAGAUCCAUUUGGACAAAAUGAUAAUGAAUGGUGUAGCAGAGUUACACCAUUACCAUUCUGAGAACAGAGAUCACGUCAUGAAUUUACUGAAUGAGGGGAGAUUGCAUAUCACAUCAAUGGUUAAUGUGCUAGAAGAAAAGAUUGGACAAAUUGAUGUGAGCAGAGAACAGAAUUUGGGACUUUCUCACAGAGUUGUAAACGUGGAUGAAAAUGAAUGUCGAGAUGUACACAUAAAUAAUGAUGUAGACCCAGCUUUGGUAUCUAAGGAAAUCAAACAUGGUUCACCGGAUACUGCAGUUUUGAAAGAAGGCAAUAACUCUGAAGCCCUUGCACAGGCAUUGCAAGAGAAGGUUGCAGCAUUGUUGCUAAUGUCGCAGCAGGAAGAAAGACAUUUACUGGAGAGAAAUGUGAAUGCAGCUCUUCAGAAAAAAACUGAGGAGCUUCAGAGAAACUUACUGCAAGUUACCAAUGAAAAGGUUAAAGCUCUCAUGGAGUUGGCACAGUUAAAACAGGAAUAUCAACAAUUACAAGAGAAAAUAGGUCAUGGGAUACAAGAAGGAAAUCCAUUGACUGAAAGUGGGAGGAAAGUGCUUGUUCCUCAUGAAAAAGAUGGGACGUUAAGAAGCCUGCUGAAAAAGACAUAUCUGAGACGUUGGAUUGGUACAAUGGAUUUCAGUGGAAAUGAAGAGCAAGCUCGCCUGAAUAUUGAAGGAAAUUUCUCCAGCAGAAGGUCCAAUGACUUAGAUUUUGCCAGGAUGAAGAUUGAAAACGCCACCCUCAAGGAGAGUAUGGAAUGCAUGGAGCAUCUGACUUCUUCAAUUCAUAGACUUCGUCUUGCACUUCUAAAGGUCAAAGAGUCGGUUGCUUCUGAAGUUACAGUCAUUGGCAUGUCACAAGCCAUUGGUGAUAUCAUUUCUGAGGCUAAACUUUUGAAGACUGCCCUUGGUAGUUCCUUACCCAUUAGUUGGUCAGCUGAGGCAGAUGGUGCAUCAGUUGGUGAUAGUGGCCGCAACGAGCUAGGUGAUUUUCAUGGGGAUUCUAGCAGUGAGAAGAUUGAUUCUGUUUCUGCUGCAGGAUUUGAGAUGGUAGAGCUCUUAAUGCUUGCAGCUCAGAUAAUAGAAGAAAAUUCGACCAAAAAGGGCGUCCUUGAUGUAAGCUAAUCUUUUUUCUGGUAUACUUGGUCUUGGUUCCGUUUGGUACAUCUGAUGCUGAGUAUGAAAAACUUCAUAAUCUGUAUGGAGAGAGAGCAUGUUAAAUUGGCCAAACCAAGGUGUGCUAAAAAUGGAAAUUCUUCAUGAGGGAAUAAGUUAAAACUUACGCAGCAUGAGGGAAGAUUUCUUAGCUAUUGUGCAUUAUGGUGGGUACAAGAUGAUUUGCAGUAUGUUUUGAUUGUACAUUACAGAAAUCCCGUUGUAAUUUUCCUACUCACUGGAGUUCAUUUCUCUGUAUAUAUGUGGUUAAGACAGCUUGCAUAAUGUACAGUGAUAUCAGAUGGUUGAGAUUAUUUCUUUGGCACAGAAAUAGAAUGAAGUCUAUUGUGGUGUUAAUUUAUCAGUAUCUGUUUUGAGGAUUGAAAUUUUACUUAAUUCUUAUCCAUAGUGGAAAUUACCUUUGGCAUGAA